CCAGUCCCCACCAGCUUUCCCUGUUGCCUAAAAACCCUCUCUCUCUCUCUCUCCUCAUCUCUCGCCCACAUAAUAUAUUAGACAGAGCACAGACAAAGCAAAAGAGAGAUCAGUUCAAGAACUCAUCAAAAGUUGCUAUCUCUCUCUGGGUCGGGUCUGGUCUGGUCUGGAGUGAGAGAGAGAGAGAGAGGGUGUUCUUUUAUGGGGAAAUCCCCAGGGCCAGGGUGUGUUUUGAUCUGAUCAGUUCUUCUUCAUCUUCAUCUUCAUCUUCAUCUUCAUCUUCAUCUUCUUCUCUCCUAAAUAGAACAGAAAGGGACCUCUCGUUUUCCCCUUUUUAACCCUUUUCAGUUUCAUCCCUUCCCUCCCUUUUGCCCCCACCAUUACCCUCCAAAAAAAGAGCCACUCCCACUUCACCACCAGCCACCCAUACCAUGGAUGAGGAAUACUACCUGUAUAACGGUGGUUUCGCGAAGAACCGGAGCGGGCAGAUACCGGCGUUCGGGGACUGGGACUACGCCAACGACCUCCCCAUUACUCAGUACUUCGAGUGCGCCAGGCAGGCCGGUCUCAUCCGCUACAGUUCUUCCUCCGGCGAGUGCGACGUUCCCCGCCCCACCACCAACACCCCCGCCGACCUCUAUGCUCCUCCUCCUCCUCCUCCUCGGAAGACAAGGGCGAGGGAAAAGCGAUGCCCGAAUGUCAAGGAGCAGAAGAAGGCGGGCAGAAUUUGCGACGUGACGCAACCGCCAACCAGGCCCCGCCACGUGGCCACACGCCAUGCCCCUGCUUCACGCCACAAUGUCGAUGGUAAGCUCCACCGGAACGACGCCGUCUCGUAUCCCCGGCCUCGUCUCGCCGGCGCGAAACCCAAACCCCCCAAGGCAGUCGAUGAGGACCUCUACAAGAUACCCCCCGAGCUCCUCCACUCCUCCAACCGGAAGAAGAGGCUUGGGUUCAUAUCGAGGUGUCUCGUACCUGCCUGCUCCGCCUGAAGCUAAAGACGCACCCCCACGAUCUAUUGAACUUGGCCAAACAGAAAUGCUACGUAUAAAUAGAAAUUAAUUACUUAGCUAGAGUAUAUUAGAAUUAUUUAUAUAUAUAUAUAUAUAUAUAUAGUAUAUGCAAACCGCCUUUUGUGAGCUGCAUGAAACUUGGUACGUACAUAGAAGUUUAAUUAAAGAUAGCUAUGUUCUUGUCUGUACCCUCGCUUUCGAAUUUCAUAGUAUUAUCAUCUUGUAGGGUAGGGUUGAACGAUCAACGAUGAUUAUCAGUAAAUUAACUCAAUGA